AUGGCUGCCGCUAAUCUUCUUGUAGCUGUCUUCAUUAUACCGCAGGCUCUGCGGUAUCUCUUCGCCGUAGACGCUUGGUUUCCAGGAAUGCUCGGUCAAGUUUCUUGCAGACUUUUACAUUAUACGGACGCCAUCUCCACUACAGCUUCCAUUCUGAGCCUGAUAGCCAUCUCGCUGGACCAGGUGAAUGUUAUCUUGUUUCCCAUAAGGAGAGCUGCGAUGAUAAGAUAUACCAAAUUUAUUUCGCUAGUUAUUUGGCUCCUGUCUAUGAUUUUCACCUCUCCUUAUCUUGCCAUGUUCGGUGUCAAGACCGUAUCUGGUCAGCAGUAUCGAUGCGUUUACUUGGUCCUCAACCAUGUCGUUAUGGAACUUCAUGUUUCAUUAAUCUUUGUUUUCUUAUACGGGUUUCCUCUCGUUUUUAUGGCAACUUUGUACGCUCUUAUGGGACGAAAACUGUGGUUUCGAACCAUUCCAGGAAAUAUUCAUAGUAUCCAUCGACAAGCUGCUGAGAAAACCAAACGCCGCACCAUCCGCUUGCUAAUCGUACUCAUAACAAUAUAUGCAUUAUGCUGGCUUCCUGCUCACGUGCUUGGCAUGUGCACGGUCUUCAAACCAAAUGUGACAAGAAACCUGGCUUCCCAUUGGUCCUUACUUAUUGCAUUUAUUGCGCAUGCGAACUGCGCUUUCAAUCCUUGCAUUCAAAUUGUUUUAGACAGGAGAUUCAGAGCAGAGUUCUUCAAAUUACGGAAUUUUGGGAGAAAUAUAAAGCAGUGGUGCAUUUGUAAGAAAGGAAAAGUUGAGAAUAACAGGGAAGCUAAAACGGACGUGCUAAGAUUCAAAACUUUGGAGAGUGUUAUAGAGAGAAUAGCAAAAGGUCGAGGAAGACUGUACGAUUUGAGCCCUACCAAAAACGAUACACAGCUCCGUCCAUCCUCUCCCGUACAGUUAUCUUACUACAGCGAGGUAGUGGAAACAGAAAACUAAGCUCGAUGAAUUAAAACUGAAGCAGCGAUGCUAAACAGAGGCAUUUUGGAUGAUAAACGCGAUCCAUACUGAUUAACGUAGGAGCCCAUUAGCCAGAUAAUGGGUUCGUAGUACUGCCAAAGUAUAUUCAAUCGCUUUUGAUCAAACUGAUAAGAUGAUUUCUUGUUUUGUUGCAUUAAAUGUAUUUGGUUAUCGUAUUACAAUGGAAAGAAACAGCAAAAAUCUAACAUUGCUUAAAGGCAGUCUAGUGUUAGAACUAAGGGAACUUCUGUCAGAGAGGGUGAAAUUCGUUAAAACACGAACGUAACUUUCUUGCCUUUUUUGUGCACAAAGAAUGCAACUAAAUAAUAAAAAGGAGUCGGGUUCUGUCAGCCGGAUAACCAGGAAGAGGUGAACAAGUCAAGCUGGCUAAGUCUCCGUUGCUAGUGCUUUAGUGUGUGCUGAAGCGACGAGCAGCUAAGCCGCGAGAGGAUUGGGACAGAGGAUAAACAUAUCUACACUCGCGUCUCUGCCGGUCAUGACUUGCACGCACAACUGCGUCAGAUGUACAGGGCAUAGCAGGUUUCGCUCGGGACAGACCUCAUGAGUUUGUAGUGCAUUUUGCGUCCUUCUUGUACAAGACUUCACACAUGAUCAGCACGCGCUCUAUAAAAAAAUAGGAAAAGAAAGUGUUUUUUUAAUAUUAUGUAUGGCCUGAGCUUAUGGUGAGCUAGAUCAUCAUUUUGCCUCGAUCAGUUAGGGUGAUUCAUUCUUUUCUUUUGGUUUUGAGUAAGAAAAGAACUUUUUAUAUAUGUAAAGCAGAUAUUGACCAAUUCUUAGAGCAGAAUAUAUGAACAAUAACCAGAAACGCCAGCGGUAGCAAAUAUUAUUGUGAUGACAUUGUAAAUAAUUAAAUGUAUGUAAACAAGAUAAUACUACUCCAAAAAUUAGCGAGGGGCUGACGUUAAACCCCUCAACUCACCGAGGUGAUUAACAUAUAACUUCUCCCCAUAAUAUCCAUACAUUGUUCAGCAAACGGCUAAUGAGAAUGCUCUAACUCACCAGGUAGUAGUUAAAUUGAUCUAACACCAAAAUUUCAUAACUUAUACAAGGUAAUGUGAAGCAACCAGGAGGGAGAAUUAAAGAGCUUACCUGGCUCCGCGCUUCGGGAACUGCGAUGCAGCUUAGUCCGGCUAUGGGCUAAGGACUUUCAUAAAAUAUCAAAGUUUCACAUUUCUGGCUCUCCUGUUAUAAUUAAGCUUCUCUUUCUUUGUUCUAUUCUUCUAUAUUUACUUUCUCGUCUUACUUCUUUGUUCCUUUUCGCUUGUUUCUGUUAGUAUUAAUCAAUCCUUCGUUGUUGUUGUUGUUUUGUCGUGGGAGGGGUAGAGGGUAAAGUUUUUUAAAAUCACAUGACAGUAAACCCUUGUAGACCCGACCGUUUGAACUGCUCAUGCGCUGUAGUUGUCAACUCACGUACACUCCAGUCGGCGAAUGAACAACAUGAAAUCAGGGAAAUGGCGAUGGCAGUAUUCACCUCGCGGCCUAAUUCUCAUCCUUUUGAGGAAAGGAGAGUUCCUUUAACGGAGCCGGUAAAGAUAGGACGUUCAGUAGCGAAGAGUAGACCAGCCACAAACAAUUGUAUCUUCGACUGCAAGGUCUUGUCGCGGAACCAUGCUAUCCUAUGGUAUGAAGACGGGAAGGUCAGUGAAAUAAAUGGAUUAUCAUAACUGUGAUGUUUACAUCGAGACAUUAUAUCUGUUGUCUGCAAAGCUCUUUCAGCUAACUAGAAAGUAAUUUGAAUCUUUUAAAUUGCACAAUACGAUUUAAUCUUGAAAUCCUGAGUAGUGAUGUAAGUGGUUGUUCAAUUUAAAGAGUAACGUUUUCAACCAAUUCAAUGACAUUGGUGUUUUGCCGCUGAGAGAUGAUACUAAAACUUCUUUGUCGAGAGAAAGAUUCUUCCUUUAAAAGUAACAUAUAAAAGUUAAUCUCAAGGGUCCUUGUUACAUUUAUUAUUGCGUGAAUUUUUCCGGAAACACAACUUGUGAUUAUUUUCGACUUGUCACAUGCUACUUACACGUUAGCUGUAUUGAUCUUUGAUCGAGCACCUUUUUUGUGUGGUUUUCUUUUUCUUAUUGGCAAACCACCUUCGAUUUAAAAGCACAAGUGGAGAUAAUCGUCUAAACGCUUCGUCAGAUAAACUAUCCCUUCCAAAAGAUUAUGUGUUUUGGAAUUUAAUUAAUUUAAAGGUUAUAUGUUGAGAAUUUGUUUCUUUUGUAAUGCAGUCUUAUUUGAAAUUCAAAAAUUUAUUUGAUCGUAGUAUGUUCUGUGGCAUGCUUUAAUCGUGUGAUUUCAGUUUCAUUGCCGAACUGCAAACGAAAUUGUUCUUCUCUGCUAAAAAGUUUGCCUUAUUUGGUUCAUGUCCUCCUACUCUUUCCUGUCUAAGUUGGAGGUGUCAACAAACUUGUCUGAACCGCAGCGGAAAUGCUUUCAUUCAAUUUGAGUAAAUACCAUUUUGUUUGUUCAAAAAAUUGCUAAUUUUCAAAUGUAUAUGCAGGCUGAAACACAUCAUUUUGUUUGGCAAACAUUUUAAUGAAAGUUACCCAGGGUAUGUUCUCGCAAGCAACUAAAACUUUCAAAUGAAAAAAAGUUAUUCUGAUAUAAGAAUUUCAUUGUUUACAUUUCUUUACAGUUUCAACCAGUUGGAGGUACACUCUAAAUGUAAAUUUUCACAACUGCUCAUCAGAUAAACUGCAUAGUAGAGGGGAAGAACAGUCUAAGUUAAUUGUGUUUCCUGUUUCCUUUGAUUUAUUGCACAUGAAUAGAAUGAACUUGACCUGUAAUGAAAUGUAGCAAUGCAAAAGUGCUGUGCCUCAUUUACAGCUGAUCAGGCAUAUCAUGAUAUCAGUCAAAAUUAUCAAAACAUUUGUUUAAAAAGCAUGAAGUGGCCAUUGAUACCUGUAUGUUGCAAACCAGCUUAUCCUUGUAUUUAAUUCAGUAUUCAUAAUAUUAAUUGGUUGUCUAAACGCCAAGAGAAUGUUGUAUUGAUUUAAUAUAGUCAGUAAAUACAGUAAAGAGAUGAUGUUAUGUGGUUACUUAAAUGACAACAGCAAGGUACAGUCAUACCAGCAAGUUCUAAUUUUUCAAGGAAAAAUUGUCCAAUGUAUGGUGGAGUCCAAAAUAAUAUCCCAGUGAAGAAAGUCUGGGAAAAAUGAUAGAGUAGAAUUUCCAUCAGAAUUUUUUGUCACAAAAAAAAGUACCCUUGGCAAGUUUCCUUGUGUAGUCACUUAUACUAACAAAUUGUUCUCAGCAAGUUUUGCUUGAGCAGGUUUCUAUAUUGAUAAUUUGACAUGUGUGAUUUUAAGCAAGAGGUCUUUUGGAAAAAAACUGUGGUAAAUAUAUUUUGGCAUAAGGACUGCUUAAGAAUACUUGACAAGAGAAAAACAAAGAAAAUAAUUUGGUAGAGUGAAUUCUGCUCUCAUUAACUAUAUUUACAAUGUUACAUGUUGAUACAUUCAUUAUAGGCAUCUUUAAUAUGUGUUCAUUAUAACUCUGCAUCCUUCUCACAGCUUCUGUCAGUGGUUUUUUUCUAAAAAGGACUGACACAACCAGAUGAUAUGUUUUGAAUCUCCAAGCAACUCUGCCCAUUAUUACAUUAUUCUGUAGAUACAUUUGUCUUUCUGAAUACGUGAACUAAUUGAAAGUCACUCAACACAAUGAUUACCCAUCUGAGACAGAAAUUUAAAUCCUGUUGUGAAUAACUUAUAUGUGUACUUAUUGCAGAUUUUAUUAUCAUUGAGUAAAUUUUAUGAAUCUCAGACUAUGUUAUUUAUUGAUAUUAGCUGAUAUUUGAAAUAUAAUAUAAAUGAUUUUGUUGUUUCAGUUCUUCUUGCAAGACACAAAAAGUAGCAAUGGAACUUUUGUGAACAAUGUGCGGCUUAGCAAAGGGUCAGAGGAGAGUGAGCCGAAGGAGUUAAAGUCUGGGGAUAUUGUUCAGUUUGGAGUGGAUGUAGUGGAAAACUCUAAAAAAGGUGAGAGAUUUUGCUUAACUUUGUAAGAUUCCAUGUUUUAUUUUUAAGAGUGGCAGUGCUGUGCAGAAGGAGACUUAGAGUCGGUUAUUAAGAUGAAGCCUAACCAAAACCAUGGUCUCAGUUACACAAUCAGUGGGUCUCAGGCUUUCUAUCUAAAAAGAUUGAUUUAAUUAAAUAAAUGUCCUUUCACUGUAAGAUUUCUGCUGUCUUUACACUGUUCACAAACAUAAAUGUUCAGAUAAAAGGUCUAGCUGAAUUGAGGAUUGAUUGGGAUGCAGUUUUGUUAAACAAUGGCUAAGCUUUUUUCUAAAUAAUCAGACCCUAGUGUUCCAAAACCUGGAUUGAAGGGUUUAAGGUUUAGGCUCAUAGUCAUGUGUUAUUAGACAAGAUAUCUAACUAUGAUAGCCCUUCUCUCCAUCCAGGAGUAUAAAGAGGUGAUAAAACUGACAAAAUGUUCAUAUUUGGACUUAAUGUCUUUUUUAUUUAUUGGUUUUCAGUAACUCAUGGCUGUAUUGUGGCUACUGUGACCCUGUUUCUACCUGAUGGAAAAGAAGCAACCAAGUAAGUCAUGGUUGUCAGGCUGUGGUUAUUAUAAGCUCAGUAAGGGCUACACAUUAAUCAAUUCAGACUUUGACAUCCAUCCCCACCCUCCACGCAAGUCCAGGCAUUUGAACUUUCACUGAUAAAAAUGCAUCAGAUACUACUGCUUUCUUUGGCAUUUUCUGCCAUUUUAGUGUUGAAGAUAGUUAAAAACACAACAAAAUGUAUCAUUUUAAAAUCACGUAUAGCAGUAGACAGUUGAAAGCAAAACAGAAGUACUAGUUAGGAAAAAACACUUAACUUCAUUUAUUAAUGAAAAUGAAUACACAUCAGAAUGGUGGGGGUUUGAGAGACAUUGCACUCAUUGAUAACUUGAUUAUGAUUUAACUUAUUGCAGGAGUGGUGUUCCCAGAAGCUUGUUUGCAUUGGUAUGUUGAUGAAGGGCAGUUUUCCUUUAAUCCUUUACUCUUAAGAUAAACUAUUAAAUAAUUUUCUUUUGCCACUAGUCAAGAUGUAGGGUGAUAGCAGUGAUAGUAUUGAUAGCAUUAUCCAACCUUUGAAUAACUAGGCACCAGUAGUUUAAAGAGCAGAUAGCUUUAUCCAAUGGAUGAAUGGUCAUCCAGUGGAUAAGUAGUAAUAAAAGAUACUGAUUAUUAAAUAUUGAUUAGAAUUAAUAAUAUUAAAUAUUAUAAUAACGUUGUUUCCGCUCUCACAACAGAAUGAAAAUGGCAUCCAAGCACAAGAAAUGUGGCAGUUAUCCCAGUAUUUACAGGUAAAUGUAAAGCAGUAUAUCAUGUUCAAUCAGUGUGUCCUUAUUAUUUGCCAUUCUUGGGUUGAUAAGUGAAAUUUUCAUGCAAAAAAAAAAGUCACUUGUCUUGUAGUUAUUUUAAUGAUAAAAUUCAAUUUCUCAUUACCUCUUUUUUUUGUUUGACAGGAUGCGCUCUACAGAGAACAAAUGCUGGAAAACAAACUGGCAAAUCUUCAGAGACUUAUAUCAGACUCAAAAGGAGCAGUGGAGGACAACACCCAGGUAGUUGCUUAUGGCAUUGGUGUGUGUUUCCUUAGGAUAUCUUGAUGGCUAUGCCUCACAUGUAUACUGUACUCUGAAUUUUGAAGUUGCAUGGACAUGCAUCUUUGAUUUUUUCCUUUUCAGUCAUUUGCUCAAGAGGACAAAUUGCUGUCAAGAUUAGAGAUUUUGGAAAACCAGCUGGAAACUUUAACAAAGGUAAAGCAUGGAGCACCAUGUGUUCACAACAAACAUUUGACGUAUGAACAUUAAUGGUCAAAGUGAGGAUUUUUCAAGCUUGUCGAGUAUGUGGACACGGGAAAAUUAAGAUGGCAUUUAUCUUUUCCAGAAUUUAAAUGAAGAUGACAUAAAAAAAGAACUGCUUGUUCUCCAAGAGGAAAGACACAACUAUGAGAUGAGAGCAAAGGUGGGUGUUUUGUGUCAGAUUUUGAUUUUUAUCCUAAGAUGUUGUGGCCUUAGGGUUAGAGCACUGGACUCCAAUUUGAGGGUUCAGGUUCCAGACCUGGCCAGGAUAUCUCUUCCAGGAGGGGGGAGAGAAGUGAUACUCCCAGUCACUUCAUGCUAUGGAAACUGGGAUUGGUUCCAGCUGUAUGACUGUGCAACUGGACAUACCAAUUAGUAUAGACUUAACCUUUUUUUUUUUUUUUUUUCCUGAACCCCUAUGAUUUUAGUAUACAUGUAAACCUUAUCGUUGGCAAGUAUAUGUAUCUACAGUUUAUGGCAUUCCUUGCAUGAAUAUGGAAGUUAAGGUGAUUUCUUUGUGUUUUUCUUUGCUUGUAGAUAUGGUGCUUCUGAUAACUUACUUUAGAUAUUGUGCUUUGUCUCUCCUAGGAGUCACUCAAAAAAGUGUUGCAAGAAAAAUUAGAAGCUAUUCAAAAAUUAACUGAAAUAGAGGUAACUGAUGGUUUAAGUGCAUUUUAUUGUGUAGAGCCAAUGGAAAAAUGGUUGUAAGUAAACAUGUGAAAAAGCUUUUUAUGCAAGUUGUACCCUUUUGUUCUUUAAUUUCUAGAAAUCAUGUAACAACGCUGAGGAUGAAUGUCUUCAUUUCAAGUCCUUGUAUGAAAGAUCACAGCAAGAACUUAAAGAUUUGGCUGAAAAACACAAGCAGGUAAGGGAAUGGUGUCACCCCUGUUAUGUUUUUCAUUGGUGUCAGUUAACUUUAUGUAGUUCAUAUUAUGUUAUAAAGCUCAGUUCCUUACUGUGCUGGUAAAUCUCACUGAUGUUAUUCUUACCCUUGUGUAAACUUCUCUGUGACUUACAUUGUAAUAUCUUCUUAACUUGCCAGAGAUUACAAGAAAUGCAGAGUCUUCAGGAUCAAGUUGAAGAAGCUGAAAAGAGACAUUCCGCAGUUGAAGAGCAGGUGAAUUAAUAGUGAAAAUGUUUUGUUAAUUUGAAUGCAGUUAACCGUGCAUUGUGUUCAAACUCAAAACAACGAAAUCAAGGCAUCUGAAAUGCUCGAAAGUUACCAAUAAAGUCUAAGCCUACAAAAUGAUGCCUGGUUUAAUCAUGAUGACAUUGGUUCAUUGAUGUAUGCACAUACAUAAAGAGACCAAAUUUUUACCAACCAAGAAUUUUUUACUUAUGUUUUUUUAUAAAAUAAUUCAAAUAGUAGAUCUUAGAUCUUACCUUGAAUUGUUUCUUACCACAAAAACCAUUUUACAUGAGGUGUAGCAGUUUGAUAUAAAUUUUGUUUUUAGGAAAGGUUUAAAAAAGCUUCCUCUUUCAUUAGUUAUCAUUCAUUAGUUCUCUAUACAUUUUAUAUUAUUGUAUUGGGAGAAUUUGUCUAACAAUCAAGAGCUUCUGGAGGGUUUAUGAUAAUUUCUUUUAUUGUCAUGACCUUAAUGUUUGAUUUAAGGAUGGUUGUUGGGAGAAAUUAUAUGCUUUAUCUCUCUCAGGGGUAUAUUAGGGUGAAUGUCUUUUUUUUCCCUUUUGUUUUAAACUUUGAAUUAUGUUUUAUUUGUAGGCUCUUCAAGAGAAAACUGAAUUUGAAAUGAGACUAAAAGAAGCAGAGCUUCGUGAAGCUUCAUUAGCUGCACAGGUUCGUUGAUAUGAAGAAAAGAAGACAGGCUUUGGAAAUGUUAAGCAUGACUUCUUCAGCAAACAGGAAACAAAAAAAAUCCAGUCUCUCACCAUCUGCUCACAGCCAUUUUCAUACUUAGUUAAGAUAUCUGCAUAAUUUGUCAACAAGACACUUUUUGCAAUUUUGUUCAGGGUUGCUGAAAGAUAAGUGGAAUGUUUAGUCAAGUCAGAGUUCUCCCCUGUAAUUUAUCAUCGGCAUAAGCAUCAUGUUUAAACUCACAUUUGUGAGCAUUUUUAUGACGUUGGUCUGUUGCUGUUUUCUGUAACAGUUCAUUGGCAAAUCCUCAGACUUUGUUGGUAGAGAUCUUCUAACUUUAGCAGAACAGCAAACACCAAUCUUAAAUGCUCUCUCAGUGAUUGAUUCGCUGACCCAUUAGAGUGAAAACUUUGUGUGCUUCUUGAUUAAAAGUAAAAUUUAUUCACUACUUUCUAUUUACAGAAAGAAUCUUUACAAGCAGAAUGUGAUUUUAAGAAAGAACAAGUUGAAGCAAUGAAAGGUAAAAUAGUUUAUGACCUCUAUCUAAACCAAGGUCUAUAAUUUCUCUACUGAUAAAAAGAUUGCAUGUUCUGUAUGACAAAUGUUGUACUCCUUGGCUCACCAAUAUGAUCAAUGUACCUGCAAUCACUAUGAUUGAUGGCUUCAACCAGGUUGAUUUUAAGACUUUGAAAAUAAAUAUUCCUCUUCAGAGAAUUUGGAUCAAUGCUAGUAUCUGAGCAAAUGUGCACCUACCCACCCCUCCCAUCACCUAAUAACAAGUCAGGAUUAAUGUUAGGUUAGGGGAGGGGUGGAUGUACAAUUGUUCAGAUACUGACACUAAUCCAUUUUGCAGUGUUUCUGAACUUCUCAGCCCCAGUUCAACUCCUCCAACUUCAACUUUGUAGACUAGGCAGUCCUGACUAUGCACAAUAACAAGUUUAACAAGUCAGUGGUUCUAAGAGGAAUUUGACUUCAGUUUCUUCACCGAUAAACAGAAUUUCAAACAGAAUUUGUUCAAACUUAGCAAGGUAUUUCCCCUUUGCCAGCAAAAGUUGGUCAGCCUAACCAAUAAAUCUGCCUGCCAAUUCAUUUGCACACACUUAUACUUUGACUCUGAAAACAAGAGAUAAAAGUACAAUAAGAGCCCUUAGAAGAUGUUUUUACUCUGCCUUAAAUUUGGUUUUGUUGAUUGUCAUUCUAACCAUGUUUUUGGCAUGAUUUUUAGUUCACAUUGAUAAAACUAAAGAUGAACAUCGCCAGCCUGGUGCUGAGUACAAAUCACCAGUGAUCCAGCUACAAGGUAUAAUUUUAUUUCAAUUGCAUGACAUUGUGACAACAAAAUUUAUUCUACAGGUGUAGGUAAACUGGUGGCAGUUAUUACCAGUACCACUUUGGUGAACUCCUUUACAGUAACAUUGAUCUCACUUGGUACAAAAUUAAUUACAUGUAGAUGUAGAUUGUGGUGUAAUUUCCAUAUCUGCAUUAUCUGUUCCAUCACUCUGACCACAUGUUAAGGCAGACAUCAGUCUGUGGUUCAUGAACUGUUGGCUGAAUGCCAGUUUGUUAACUUUUAUAAACAUUUGAGAGGACUGGGAGAAUUUUAACAUUCCUCGAUGGGUUUCAAGUUGAGCUAUCAGCACGAAAGCUCUUGUUCUCAACAAGAGCUUGAAAUGGAAAAUAUGCAUUUUUUCUGGUUUGUUUAUUUUACAGGUAGGUUGAAAAUUUAUUAGCUCCAUGAUAUAUUUGCUUUUCCUGUGAAUUGGUUUUAAUAGUGUUAAUUCUUUAAAAGAUGGUGAAGAACUUUCAGAUACAUGCACUGUUUCUUCCUUUGGGAACUUUCUAUUUCUACCUUUUGAUCAAUUAUAAUCUAUGAAUUUGAGUUAGAGAUGGUUAAAAUUUUUCUUGAUGACUUUUCUGAGUUUUUUGUUAGGAAGCUCGUUGUUAAGGUUGUUCAUAUAUUCUGUUUCUGUCUUCUUCAUUAUGCACUAUGGCUUAUUAGCUGUUUAAUAAGGAAAUGAAUAUCUUAAGUUUGCAUUUUUCAUCUGAGAAAUUAACAAUUUGAUCUGCAGAUUUUAUUUAUUUCUUUACUUGGAUGCUAAAGUACGAUGUUUUAAAACUUUUUUUCCCAAUAUUUGAAACUAAAUCUUGCUAAGAACAGUUUGACAUUGAUUAUGCAGAAUUCUAGACGAAUUUUUGUGAAAUUGCAGCCAAACUUUUUGCUGGUAUCUCAGUAUUCCAAUACACAUAUUUUAAUAUGUGCUAACAAAACAGGUACCAGCAGGUACUUAUUAGUUGUCAUUGUGAUACUGUCAACUUUUUUCCAAAUAAACCCUUUGAAAUUAGGGGAUAACUAAUCCCUUAAUCACCCAAGGAUAAAGUGCAAUAAUAUUUAUAUUUUGAUUCAAUACUUACGAUAAUCAACAUUGAUAAUCAAUGUUUUAUCUACUCUAGUAAAAUUUAUAUUCAUGAAUAAGAAGGACUUAUGCAAGGAAACAUAGAAUUUUGUUAUAUAACUGAUAUACUAAAUUUUUAUGAGAAAAAUCUGAUUUGCUCAAAAACCUAGUUUUAUCUUGCUGGUAAAAUUACAAGGAGAUGUGCAAAACAUUUUAAAAGCAAUGGAUUAUAGUUAAUGUUGGUUUUAGGUAAAGACAUAAAAAUUCAUUUUGUAGGGAUGUAGGGUCAAAACAAGAAAAAUUGUCUCUAAACCAUUGGCCUGCAUCUCACAAUUUGCAAAAUUUUCCUCAAGACUAAUUUAUUUGUUCGCUGGUUUAUUGGGUUGGAGUGAAGUAAAGAAAAAUGUAAAGUAGACUGUUUGUGUUCUCAGUCAAGUUUGCUCUGAACUAAAACAAAAAAAACUGUGAACACUUUGACAUGAUUCUAACAGGUCGAGUGUGUGCUUAUUAAUAAAAGUUAAGUUCAAGAUGUGUGCAAACCUCAAAACCAGGGACUAAUCACCACUUGUUUUCUGUUCAGUUUUUAGCAGCUGAUCUGCCUUUUCAUUGAAUUACAACACUCCAUCAGUGUUUAUGGUGUCUGUUGUUUUUAUUAGUUUCGUAGCAUAAAAACUCUCCGUGAAGAGAAUGAGUUUGAUGAUUGAAAAGAUUUGAUUUGCUUUCUGAACAUUGCUUUGACAGUAUUUCUUGUAUGUUCCUUAUUUGUUGGUAUUUGUAGAUGAAACUGUCAUUGAGACUGUUGAUGUAAAUGGAACAAGAGAACUGGAAUCAGUACCAGAAAGUUUGGAUGGUGGUGAGUUGUACAGUUCAUACAUGUCUUGACAUUUAUAGCAAUUGUUGGCCCAGGAACUUGUCCUUAAUAGUCUGAGUGAAAUUUUAAAUUGCAAGCUAAAUGGAAUAGACAAAUAUGUUGUGGAAAGAGUGUUCUUUAACCCUGAAACUCUAUUAGUGACCGAGAGAAAGUUUCUCCUUACAUUAUCAAUACAAUACCAAGCAGACAGGUGAGGAGAACAACCAAAAAAAUCAAUUAGGGGAUUAUUAGCUGAUUGUUUACCAAAUUCUUGGAACUAACAUCAUAAGAACUGUUUGAGACACUGUAAGGAGCUUAUAAAUGAGAUCUUGGAAGUGAAAUGGUUAAGGUUCUAGCUCUUUUAAUCAUAAACCUCUGCGGCGUACUUAACUCUCCAUUUUCUGCCCUUGUGACAAUUCUUGAUGGAGGCAGCAGUUGUUUUUCAGAUCCCUUUCCUUCUCAGGUUGUUACAUAAACCUUCUGAAGAACAUACCCAAGUACUUUACAUGAUUAGACUUUAACCUAUUUUCUCUCUGUAUCGCAUUUGGCCCAGCAAAAUAAUGUAGUUUAAAAUUGUUAAUUUUUUUUUUUGAUUCUAUUUCUUUACAGAAGAUGCAAUAGAACUGGAAAACAUGGAGGACAGUGAUCAAUCAAACACGGAUGAUGUUAAAAUCCUACAAGGUAAGUUAUGAUGUAGAGUCCUCGAGAUACUAAAUGUAGAGUGUAGUUUCACCAUUCUUUUGUCUGUUAAACCUUGAAACAUAUACACGUCGUUUUUUUCCCUCACAGUUCAAGUUGAAAAUCUCCAAAAUGAAGUUAGUGAAAAAGAAAGGGUUCUGAAUUCUCUUCUAGGUAAUUUUGAAUUAGAAUUGUAAUUCAGAGAUAUGACAAGGUAUCAUUUUUACUCGUGGAAACGCGCAGGGGGAUUCGAUAUGUAAAUUGUCUCUCACUUCAUCCAGGAUUACAACUGGGUACUGGCGAAUUUUCAGGACUCAGAUGAGAUGCUGUGGGGGGCGGGGUGGUGGUAACCUAGGGGUGAAAUGGCAUUCCAUCCAGUGGGGAUUAGUAACACUCCUCGUCGUUUCACGCUGGGAUAAGCCCUGGCUGGAUGGGCUACUUGGCUUUUUGCGAGUAUACACUUUUUUAUGGUGGUAGGUCUGGAUUUCUUUGUGGGAAACAAGUGUAAAUAUUGUGCCCAUUUCUUGUCAACAGAGCAAAUAGAAGAAACAAAGUCGUUACACAAAGAAAGCCAGAGUGAGGUGGCGUUCUUGAGAGGUAUGCAGCCAAAUUAAAACUGAUUGUUUUAACCGUAACAAAACUGAAUAAAGAUGAUAACACUGUUGAAAUAUUUCAGUUUAACGGAGAGAAAAACAAGUCACUCGUGUUAUCGUAGGCUGUUUGUGUCAGGUCAUUCUUGUGAUUGGCGUUGAUCUUAAAUGGCUUGCUGUGGCUUAGCCCUUGACUCUCGAGAUCUGAUUAUUAAUUUUCCCUUAUGGUUGUCACACAUUUCUCUAUAUGUUGGAGGAGAGAAUUUUAAGUUUUAUCACUCAAGAAAAAAUCAUGAGCCGUCUGCUUGGAAAUGUAAGAAAAUCGUAAGAAAUUUUUGAAAGAAGUUUAGUACUCUGGGCUAGUUAUUGGUAAAUGGUUCAUGUGUUGCCUCGUAGUUAUUUUUUAUUAAAUCCUUUUUAUUCCCUUUUUUCGUAGGCGAGUUAGAAAAGUCACAACUAACUGCGAAGGAAGACAGUGAAAAAAUUCGCUCACUUGAAGGUACGAUGUGGCUAAAAUCGUUUUUACCGUCUGUGAUUUCUACGUGUACGUGUACAGUCAUGGCCUCUUAUCUAACUGAAGUGUCUGGCUAUAUCAAAUGUGUAAACCAUCUGGAAACAACAACCUCUAACAUCUCUAGCCUGCAGUGCACGCGUCCUAUUAGUGCGAACUAACGUUGUAAACUCGCGAUCGUUUAUCCGACCGGCCCUGUUUGAUUUGGAGUUAGAGUGGACGGUGGGGGUAGGGGGUGGGGGAAGGGCGAAGAGAAGUAACCUUCACUUCCCCAACACUACCCCUCUACUUAUUUUGACCGACAACCGCCCUCUUGGUACAAAUUUCUUUCUCUCCCCGGCCUAGACAAUCAAUAUAUCGUGUUUCUUUCUUCUAUUACAGAACAAGUGGUGGAGCACCAUCUUCAGGACAUUGAUAAUCUGUCCAUUCCAAGUGACAUCGGUGAUGAUGAAGGAGACCAUUUUGAUGCCUCUCAGCCUGUCGCUAGUAAGUGGUAUUUAUUUUUCCAUUUUCCUAUCCCCUUUUACAAUGUUGUCACAGAGGAUUUCGUAAAUUUCAUCCAAACGGAAAUUUCUGCCAUCUCGAAGCACAAAAAUUGUGUCAGCUAAACAGCGCUCCCUUAAAGUAUUCGGUGUACGCAGUAAUUCAAUUCUUUUUUCUGUGAACAGAUCAUGAUGACCAUGAAAUAGAUGAGAUAGAUAACAGAAACUUGUCUGAUGAGAUGGAUCUUGUCAAAAGACUUUAUGGUAAGAAAAGAAGCUUAUGCUAUUCUCUGUAUUGGUUUCAAAUAGCUUGACUUGCAGUGUAUUGUACCUUCAUGUUGAUACGGUUAAGGCACUUUGUUCACCAGUUUUUUCUCUCUCUUGGUCCCUGCUGAAGUCUCGUAUCAGCUAAAAAUUACAUGGAACAACGAUGAAUCAAAUCAAGAACACACACAAUGUAUAACCUACAGCUCAUAGCUGUGAGAAACAAGUCGCAACUCGUAGGUUGUUGUUGCAGAUUAUUUGAGAGUUCCUUGCGCGUGUUCUAAAAGGAAGUACAGAGCAUGUUCAAGGAAAACCUGAUUAGCUGCGCCUUGCACUAAGAGACUGCGAGCUGGCCUUUAAUAUGAGUGCUACAGGACGCGCUUUUCUCCGCCCGUGAGAAGAUUUGAGAAGAGUCGGGGAGAGGUUCGCCGUGGCUCCGGCACUAAUUACCAGUGCUAGACCUCUUGCACUGGCAGGCAACACUUAUCAUUUCUGCAUUACUAUUUGCAAAUUCGUAAGUAGUUUUAUUAUUUUGUCAGAUCGCAUCUGUGAGGUGAAAACCAUGGCUGAAGAGAGGCACUUGAUGAUGAUUAGGUGGUCUGGUGAGUAGUGGACAUUCAUUGAGAUGGUGCAAAAAAUAUUCUCAAUCUCAUGUCGCAUGUUCGUCCAAGGAUUGGUUGCAACUUUUAUUGUUUAGCAUUGCCCGUGACUGUGUAAGGCUUUAAAAAAAAACCAGUCAAGCACUACAUAGUCCUGACCUUUACGCCAGUUUCAGUUGAGUGUUGAAAGUAAUCUCGGAUUGCAUCGGUUUUGCUUUACUUCGCUCUGUGAUUGGUUUAGAAAACUCGCGCCGCUCUCUCGACCAAUCAGAUACAAAACUAAAGCCAAUUACGACUUGGUCGCUCGCGUUUUCCCGCGCUUCAGGCAGUUUGCUUGCUUUUUUGUCCUGAUUGGCUCUUUAGGAUAUUUUUCUUUCUUCUGAUUGGCCAUUGUGAUUACUAUGAUUUUGGGCACUCAGUGGAGGAAAGCGCUCUAAUGUACACAAAACUACAAUGUCAUUAGUAUUGCUGUAUGUGGCUACGUUUUUCCGUGUAAAUGCGCUCUAAAAAUUACAAAUUCUUAUAAAAAGUCUCAUUUUCUUGUUUUAAUUUGUUUCUCAGCUGAUAAUGAUGACGAUGACGAAGAUGAAAUAGUUGCUAAUGAUGUCACUGCUGAAAAGUCGCAUCGAGAGGAAACCUCUGGUCGUAAGUGAUGGAUUUAUUGUUAUCGAUCUUAUAAACGAUUUAGAGCGCGUUUCUUUCGUCGUAAUGUGAGAUGCAAGACAGGCUUUAUGUGAUUUGGCAUGUGACGUACGAUAGCGUAAUGUGAAACAUCUUAGUUUGUUCUGUUACGAGAUGCUGAUGGCAUAACUGACCCAGUUUUCAGAACUCUUUUUAAUCAUGAAAUCUGAGCGGUCUGUAAGGUCGACUGUGGAAGCCUCUUAAGAAAAUUUAAUACACUUUCUAUGCCUUUUGUCUGUGCCUUAUCUUUUGUUGUAAGUUGUUAUUUACAUUAACAUGAUUCUUUCUGCAGAUCAACCACGGAACGCAAGGCAAUUGUUGCAAGACAGUUUACACAAUGUACAAGACAUAAAAGGUAAACAAUAUUGCAUUGUUAGCAUGUUUCUUCACAGAUAUUAUGUCGCUGGUAAUAUAUAGUUUCGUGCACUCCUAUUGGUCUGGGAUUACAACAUACAUUGCUAUUAAUACAAAUGAUUUACGUUUUAAUAUUAUUUUUAUUACAAAUAUUUGACCAUUUCCUGUCGUGCGUUAGUAAGCAUUAAUGUAAGCAACACUAUUUGGGUUUAAAAUCGUUGUAUUUUCGUCGUUUUUUGUAAGAAGCAGUACAAAAUUUGGUUCCGUUGAGGGGAAACUUUUCACAAUUCGAAUACGUAGUGUUUUAGUUGAAAAAAGUAAAUUAUAAAAUUAAUAGAAUUGGCUUUUAUACUUCCGGUACCAAAGAGUUAAAGCCACAACGGAGUUUGACAAAUUUUCGCGUGCCCAUUAGUCCAUCUUAAAAUUUCUCGAUUUGACUUGAAGUUUGUUGUAAUUUUCAGGAGAAUUCAUUGAAAUUGGAAGAAUCAUUGAUAAUGAACACGAAGAGUCGCAGCAUGUGCAAGGUUUGUAAACUCUUACAGUUUAUUACAUCAGAAGGAAAUAAUCGUCAACCGUGACAAGCAGGUCCAAUAUUUCGUAUCUAUGACGUUUUUAACUCUUUUAGUUUCAUGUGUUGCUUUUUAAAAGCGGCAAUUCCUUUUCGGAUUUGCUGUUGCAAACAUGUGGACAGAAUUAUUACUGAGUAAGAGAUGCAAAAUUCAGCUGCAUUUUGUCUAGAAAGUUUUCUGUUACAAUUGGCGUACAUUACCACUUCUCAUGGAAACAUUUUUCGCUAUAUUCAGAGGUGGUAGAUAAAGGAUGCCUUCGUAUUGCCGUCGGCAGCAGUAGGAAUGACAUGCUAAUCGAAAUGCGGUUUAAGUUAUGAGCUUUUUAUUUCGUGCGUCAAAUAUAGUCACUGUAUCUCUUCCAUUUGGCAAUUUGCCUCCCGUUGUGUGUAAAAAGGCACCUGACAAUUUUUAUUCUACACAUGAGCUAAUUAAUAAUGGUUGUUAAAAAACUCUCGAAGGAGAAUUCGCUCUUGAGAUAGUCGCUCAGAUAUAUUUGUUUUGUUUGCAGGGCAACUGAAUGAUACCCAACAAGAACUGAAGGAAAAUAACGAACUUGUGGUCGAGUUGCAAGGUGGUUUUCUAUUCUUACCAGAUUCUUUCUUGUUCUUACUGUGUUUCUAACAAUACCUCGGCAGAGAUUUUGUUAAAAGGAGGUGUGGAUGGUCACGUAUAUUCGUGAAUUUGUAAAAGUUGCUUUCUAUUUGAACAGAGAUUACUAGUAUUUGUGUCAUGUUCGGUCACUGACCUAACUUCCGAGGUCGAGACUUACAGAAUAAAUGUAAUUAGCACAAGGAGGAGAGGAGACCUUUAGGUAGGAACAAGCAACUGCAGGAAGCGCGGGAAAACGCGGGUGACCGGGGAGUUUUAGAUUUACUUGUGAUUGGUUGCGAAAGUGGUGCGUGUUUUCUGAACCAAUCACAUCGAUUUUCCUAAUGUAUCAACGUGUUCUUAACACUGCUGACACUCACAACAGUAACUAAUUCAUAUUUACCACCUCAUAUUUAUUUUGCUGAAUGUUUCAUAGUUGAUUUUAUUUAUUUAAUGAAUCUUUUGUUUUAACUUUUUUUUCCUAUUUUAUUUUGUCCGUUUUUAUUUUUAUUCGGCGUUUUCAUCUUAUUUCAGAGGAGCUGAAAAAUGCGCAGGCUUAUACAAAAGACUUCAAACAGCAAAUUUUAGACCUGAGAGGUACUUUGCCGUCUCACCGUUACGUUGCUUUGCUUUCUUUCACUCGUUUGACUUCUAGUAUUCACAUCAUUGAAGUUCUCUCAUUUAUUGUGCUCUCUUUACCUUUCCCUUCCCGUCAUUUUGUUUAAUGUGCGCUUUGAUUGUUAUUGGUCUCGAAGUUAUUGUGUAUUAAAAACAAGAUAUAUUUAUUUUAGAGUAGAAUAUGGCGUCCUCUCAGUAUAGCGGUUUUUCGGGUGCUCGAUCGAAAUCAAAACUCCCCCAAACCACAUGCAGCUACACAGGCCAAGUGAAAUACCAUCCUUGUCUUAAACGAAACAAGGGAAAGUAAAAUCUACGAUGUAUUUUGAUUUUUUUUCCCUAAAAAAUUAAAGUUUGUUUGCUUUUGAUUUUACAGACAAAUUACUUGAAGAACAAGAAUGCACUCGGAAAAAAGAAGAAUUUGUUGCGCAACUAAAACGUAAGUUAAUUGACCUGUAACUACCAAGAUUCAAUUUGUAAUUCUCCCUUCUGGCUGCGUUGUGUCCUCUUGUUAAUGAGUUAAGAGAAGGUACUUGUUAAUCAAAACUAGGGAUUUAACAGAAUUCUGUAUAUUAAUUUUAUCCCUCGUUGAAUCGAUCUUAAUGUACAGGAGAACUAAAUGAACUGUUACGAGAAAAAGAUCUCCUUGCGUUGGAGAAAAAAUGCGAACAUCACGCUACUGAAACCGCCAUCAACAAUGCGCGGGAGAUGCAGAAACAGGCAGCAAAGAGUGCGAAGGAUGCUAGCAAGAACAAAGGUCAGUAAUUUCUAUUGUCUUGAAGAAAUGGGACGUCAUUAAUGGUCUAGGAAGACUAAAAUGGUUUCUUUAAAUCUGGAUUUAUUUCAGUGAGGUGUUUAGAUAUCAGGUUUUUCUUUGCUCCACACAAGGAGUUGUUGUGCCAAGUGAUUGAAAAUUUUUAUGUGGUCGAAAAUGUAACAAAAUGAAAGAAUAUUACAGUUUGAUUUCAAUCAACCUUUUUUUAUUGUGGUUGCUGUUACAGUGGAGCUGAGUGCAGUCACAGACGAUAAUCGCAUCCUGAAACAAAGAAUACAAAUCUUGGAGAGCGAGCUGAAAAAGUGAGUCGCAAACUUUUGAGUUUCUCCACCAGGAUACCCAAACUCAAGGACGAAGUCGCUCCUUUUUUCUCAAUUUCAAUCUGUUUCUAGUCGACCUCAUCCCAUAGGAUUGUUAGGUCUCUUUCACUGUCGUUUUUUACGACUGCGGAAAAGAUCCUUCAAUCUAGCGGAGUAAUUCUUCGGAAUAGAAACUAUCAAUAGCUAAUUCACUCAUCUGAUCGUUUUUUUUCUUUCCAUGAACUUAGAUACCGUAGGGAAAACAACCGCUUGACCUCUGAUCAAUCUCGUCUUCAAGCGACGUACCGUGAGAUCGAAAACCAGAGCAAAUUUUUGAGCGAAAAAAUUAUGCGUCAACAGGUUUGUGAAGCCCUUGACAAUUUUAUCGAAGGGUGCUUGUGCUUCCUAAUGCGUUUAGGUGGCCUUGUUUUUGGUUAGCGGUAUAAGUAGUGUGCUGUUUGUCAUUUCAGACUACGCUGCAAGGCAAGAUUGAAAGGGAAAUAACGGAGAAAAAACUCACUGAAGAUCAGGUAUUUAAAUUUGUUAUUGACUAAAUGGUGCUUUUCAAGAUCGGGAAUUACGCUUUUAUCGCGUUAUAAUAAAUCUCAUUGGAUUAAUUUCUCUUCGAUGACUUUCCAACAAUCUUAUGAACCAAAUCUAAUCCAGACUUUGAAAUUUUGCGCGAAGAAAUUGGCGUGUAACCGGCCAAAUUUAUCCCUUUGCGCAUGACCGAAGUUAGACUGCUGUUAUGGAAGACUUCGAGUCAAACAGGUAUUCAGCGAAGGAAAGCGUAAAACUGGCGUGUAGCGCGUAAAAAAUAUGUCACGUGUGUGUUCAAUCAUAUUCAUAUUCCUCUGAUGUGGUUUAGGCCAGUGCCCUCGAGGAGCGACUUCUUGAAACGGAAGUGAAGCUUCAGAAAACGCAAGAGGACGCUCAGAGGGAUAUCCAAAAGUUAAAUGACGCUAAUUCACAUCUGGUGAGUUUUGCUCUACCUGUAACCCCUUCACAAAAGUACAACUAGAGCUAAUCUAAUUGUUUAGUUUCAUUUGCGUUUUACUUCUUGGGAGUCUGCCAGUGCGGCGUAACUUUAAUUUCAGCCCCUUUGUCAGUACAAGGUCAAUUUAAGCCAAAUUUCCCCUCGGAAGCUUACCUUUAUGACGAAGUUUCCUAACUUUAUAUGCACAUCGGGUAUGCUAGGUUUGAAGCUCAGAAAUUAGGCUGCCAACCAAAUGAGGCGGCUCAAAGAUGGCGUGCGAUAUUGAAGGAUUAUAAGUGCUUUAGCUCAGGAGUGUUAUUGUACUUUGCGAGCGAUCGCCGGCUCAAACCAGCCAGUGGUCGCCCCUUUUUCAUCUGGCGCCUAGCGACAACCCAGGGUAGGUAAACUCAUGGGAGUAGCGUAAGGUUUGAUCGCAUUCAGUUCCGGAAUCACAUUCUUAUAAAGUGUCUUCUGGAUUUUUUUUUGUUUUCAGUGGACGUACAUCAAGGCUGGUUUGGUGGCAUUUAUCGCGUUCAUUUUGGCAUACGCUCUUGGUCUUAUUGAACUACAUCCAGGUGGAACAACUCGUGUUCUCUGGAGUUAACGAAUGUUUCCUCUAGUUAGCGUAUACUUUGUAUUAUUACAACCAAGACGUUUCAUUCUUUUGAAAAAGGAACUUUUGGAGUUCUUUCGGACGUAUCUAGUGCGUUACUUUAUAUACAGCCUUUGCGUGACAGGGAAUCGUGCUGUGACAAGGAAGGGGCGUAGCGUGACGCGCCUGAUUUUGUUGGGGGGGAUUGCAUAAUCUUUCGUAAAAGAAAGAAAAUUGGAUUAUUUGGAUUAUUUGUUUGAAAAAAAAAAUGCCUCCCAUAAUUAUUACUUAUUAAUGUUAAAAUUGGGCAAUCCGUUCGUCGCUCCAUUUUAUUUGGUAUUGUUCUUGUACGAGUUGGAAACGUUUUAUACUGCAUGAAACAAAGUUUUGUUUUCCAAUCAGGGUGUGCUGCCCUUUCUCUGUCUUUGUCCAUCAAUGAUUACUUUUCUGUUUUCUCGCGGCAAUGUUUACUUUCAGAAAAUUCUAUGUACCCUUAGUCAAGAAAAUCAUUGAAACUAUUUCCAUCGAGAUAAAAGUCGGUCUAGAGGAGUUUAAAUCGAAAUGUGUACUUUUGAGUGGGGAACGAGGAGGGGGGGGGGCCUUUUGCAAGAGAACUAAUCAGCUCACUUCGUCAAACUCAGAUGCCUUUAAAAUCGUUCUUCUUGUUAACACCCGUCGAAUGGUAUUUUGUCUCGCUUAGGUAACCUUGUGUUUUUCGGGUCAAUAAACAAAUUUUAUAUUAAUUUGGCUUUCCUUGGCAAGUUUUAUCAAAUUCGCUACUUGGCAGAUGGCGGGAAAGUAACCCAAUGGUAUUAGUAUUGCUCUAUAUCAAUUCCUCACCAACCAGGUUUGGAAACAUUCAUUUUAAACGUUUAUAUUUUAUUUCAUCAUUUCUUUGUUUUUUCUCACUUAAAUACCCUCAUUUAGUCAAAAUAGAUGAUGGGUUUUCCGUUUCAAACGUAUUCUAGAUAGUUUGUCAUUUAAACUCUUUCGACAUCUUCAUUAGUGUCGCCGUUUUGCAGCCAUCUUUCUAGCAGU